AUGAAAAAAUCCAACUCAUUCUUACCCUCUUUUCACCUGAAAGGUCUUGAACAGCUUCUUGAAGGGCCCCAUUUGCCUACACAUCAAUUAGCCAUAUUAAACUACAAGAAAGCCUUAAAUAGUGAGGCAGGUUGGGGAACAGCAGCAACAGAACUAGCAGCUUACAGUUGGAUUAUGUUAGCAACCAUCUCCACCGCGGCUGCUAAACCCAAUAUAGCAGUGCAAACUCGAUUUAGCAGCUCCACCAGGGCUGCUAAACACUCAAAUCUUUUAGGAACUCACCUCUCGGCUGCUAUCCCCAUACCAAAUACCGGUUAG